AUGAGCCGAUCACAAACUCAGAUCAGUCGAUCAGCUGAUCUUCUGAAAAAUAAUCAACAAAUAUCAAUAAGCUUGAACUCAUUUGAAGUUUCCUCAACCUUAAUAGCAGGUGCAGGAACAUUGCUAAUUAAUGGUCGAGAAAAAUUUAUGCAUACAAUCGAUGAAAUGCAAAGUAGCAUGCAGUGUUGUGGCUUUAUGGGAAAUCAGAGUGAAUGGGUCGAAUAUAAGACAAUUUAUUAUUUUGAUCCUCUAGAAGAUAAAAUAAAAUUAAUGCUUAGUGAUGGAAAACAACUUAUUUGGAAACCAAGGAAUGAAGAAGAAUUUAAGAAUUUAGCACCUUUAUCUUGCUGUCCAAUUACUGAUAAACACUGCCCCUCGGAAAAACGAUAUCAAGAAGGUUGUGUCAGGAAACUGAGUACAAAUAUAUCAUUUUUAAUGGAUUCUGUUAGCAUUGCUUUAGCAAUACAACUUUUAAUUUCGGUAUUAGAAGAAAUGAUAUUUGCGAAUAUUAUUGCUGAAACUUCAACUAUUAGUACUCCAACUGAGAUUUCUUGGAAAAAAAAUGAUGUUUAUUAA